UUAAAUCAACUUCUACUGGAAAAAAUGCUAAAAAUAGCAUUCUUUCCAGUUUCAAAAAAUAUACAUCAGCUACAGUUGAGGAGCUUUCAGAUUAUUUAAAGCUCGAGGAGAUUGAUUUUGAUUGUGAUCC